AUGGCGGAACUUGACGACAUCAAGUUGUCUUUGGCUAGCUUCUACCAGCUUUCCCUGAAAGCCCGAGAUGCCGGUGUAGUAGAAGAUGAGUUUGAAGUCGUGAAAGAGACGGGAAUUCAACUGGUGCAGCAUCUCGGUGUGUGGGCCUCAACGAAGCCGUUGGCUGACUUGAGCACAGCGGUGAUUGCAGCCAAGGUGAUCGCCGAGUUGGGCCCGAAAGCGGAUGUCAAGCCCAUUUGCCAUGCCUCACUUGGUGCAGCUGUGGAGAUGAAAAACAUUGGGUAUUUGAGCACCCUGGAACCGAAAGUUCUCGAGCGAAUUGGUUUCAUGGCCAGGUUGGCCAAUCAGCACAUUCGCUGCUGGUUGUGGUCGGACGAAGUGAUAGGGGUGGACACCUUGUACAAUUUAUGCUACCAGGCAAGCAUGGUACUUGAAGAUGUCAUUUAUGUUUCCGGCGCUGAUCCAAUGUGA